AUGAAUAAAGAUGGACUUGAAACUAUAGUGAAUUUUCUCCAUCAAGUUAGGCAAUUGUUGAAAGAAAGUAGAGAACUCAAACAAUUGCUAACAUCGAACAAGGAAACCAUUAAAAUCUAAAAGGAAUAGGAGGUGUGUUCUGUGUUAUUGAAAACAUCUUUCAGCAGAGCAAUACAAUUUUAAAUAUAAAAUGAUAUUAACCAAUUGUAGAAAAGAGCAUAGAGUUAAAAGCCAGAGUUCACACAUGAUUGCUUGAUAUUUUAUGACCAUUCUAAUUUCUUAAAUUAUCUUUUGAUUUAUGAUGAAUAUAAACAAGAAAGCAAUUAAGAGAAGAAUAACUAUUACCUGAUUAAUGGGUUAUGA